AUGAAGGAACAUCCAGAUUAUAUCCCAGAAAAUAUGGAACUGAAAGCACCAGACUUAUCGGACUUCAAACGGGAAAUUGAUUAUUUUAUGGAUCUAUAUGAGAAAUGCAAUCAAAUACCGAACGAGCAAAUCAUUUGCCGUUGGCUGAGGAUCGAUGUGAAACCCUUUAAACAAACUCUUCUGAAUAUAAUAUGCAAGUGGGCUAACUUGUUGAAGGAACAUUUGGUCCAGCGAAUCACUACACAACUGAAGGAUUUAGCAGAGUUUAUACAAGCAGCAAUGGAUAAUUUUUCAAAUACCAUACACGAAGAUGAUUACGAAGCAUUACUAGAGACUAUUUAUUACUUGAAAGAAAUCAGAGAUCGGCACUUUGAAAUCGAAGACAUGUUCGACCCCAUAAAGAAAACAGUAGAACUUCUGCAACAUUAUCAAGUAACUCUAUCUCCGAAAAUUUUCGAAUGGUUAACCGAAUUACCCGAUCGUUGGGAAACGUUGAAGAAAGUAGCUGCUCAAAUAAAACAAGUCGUUCAACCUCUAAUGACUCGUCAAAUUGAACUUCUAAAAAAAAGACUAAGUUAUUAUGAUUUUAAGCAGCAACGUUUCUUGGAUGAAUUUCAUAAGGAUGACGUCUUCGAUACCGAUUGCACGAAUCCUUACGAGAAAUUGAACAAAAUACACGAAGAAGUUUUGAAAUUCUUAAAGGAGGAGGAAGAUUUACAAGAUCAGACUGUAAUAUUCGAACAGGAAAUGCCUGAGUUUAGGGUCAACAAACUAAUAAGAAAAGAGAUACAACUUUUGAAGACUGUAUGGGAUUACGUGGGCGUGAUCAACACCAGUCUGAACGAAUGGAAGACUACCGUAUGGAAGAAAAUCGACGUUGAAUGGAUGGAUCAAGAAUGCAAGAAGCUUCUACGGGAAUUGAGGCGUGAGAAAUAUUUCUUCACUUUCAGUUUAUUCUUCUAA